CUAAAGGGGUAGUGAUUAAAUCUGAGGGCACCCACUCUAAGCUGAUCUUCAAGAACCCAGAUAAGGAAGACUUUGGGACGUAUUCUGUUUCUGUCACAAACACAGAGGAGUGUCAUCCAGCUACACAAUCUCUAAUGAAGAGUUGGUAAAGAUGCUGGCGCUCAGUUAUGAUAUCAGACACCCAGCCCAACAAGAUGGGUCAUGACGUCGCUACAGGGAUCAUUGAGUUCAUCAUGGAUCAUUUCACUGAGGAGAAUGAGGGGACAUAUACCUGCCAGAUCACAGAUGGAGGAGGAAAGGCACAGAGCUCACUGGUUCUGAUUGGAAAUGCUUUCAAAGCAGCCCUGGCUGAGGCUGAUUUCCAGAGGAGAGAGUACAUCAGAGUCAAAGAGGGCCCCCACUUUAGUGAGUUUCUAUCACUUCAGAUUGGGGAUGACUGCUCUGUCACUUUGGUCUGCAAGGUUGCUAACUUGAAGAAGGAAUCAGUGUUUCACUGGUUUAGAGAAGACACGGAGAUCAUCCCGGAUGUAAAACCUGACCUGGGAUCAGGAGUCUGUAAACUGCCAAUUAAAGAGUUUUCAAUGAAGACAGCAGGAAUUUACAAAGCCACCAUCAGCGAUGACAGAGGAAAAGAUAUGAGCCAAAUAAACAUUUCUGGAAAAGUCUUUGACGAUGCCAUAAACAAGCUCAGCCAACUGGCUGGAGCCAGUGCAGCAGAGCUUGUGAUAAACUGCACAGCAACAGGCAUUCAGCUGCAGUGUCACAUGAAGUAUUACACCUUAGAGAUGAACAUCACCUGGUAUAAUGGUGACAAGAUUGUGAUUGGUGGAACCCCGACUAUGGCAACAAUGGAGGUAGUUGAACCAGUGGAGAAGGACAAGGGCAAGUACUCCAUUGUGAUCACUGACCCUGAAAACUCACAUAAACGCACACUGGACCUCAGCGGUGAUGGGCUGAGGCAUACGCUGAGAAGAGUGGUGGGAGGACUGCCUGAUGUGGUCACCAUUAUGGAAAAGAAGACUUUGAGUUUAACAUGUACAGUGUGUGGAGACCCCAAACCUCAGGUGUCAUGGCUGAAGAACGGAUCAGAAGUCGAGCCUGAUGAUCAGUAUGUGGUCUCCCUGGACCAGGGCAAGUUUGCCAGUCUGACGAUCAAAGGCGUUUCCAUGGAGGAUUCUGGCAGAUAUACCAUGAUUGUCCAGAAUAAAUAUGGAGGAGAGUCUGUGGAUAUAGUGGUCAGUGUGUAUCGCCAUGGGGAGAAAAUCCCUGAGGCAAAACCAACUCUGACCCCUAAAACAAUCAUCCCACCUAAAUUACCAAUCGAGAUCCCUCAGCCUAAGACCCAGCCUGCUCCGAGCGCUGCCCCUUCAACUCCUAGCCCUGCCGCUCCUAAGGCAGCACUGGGAAGAGGGGUGAAGAGUCCUACUCCAAGUCGGAGGAAGUGAAAAGCAAGGCAGAAGAAACACAAUCACUGGUGCACAAUUAGACCACACAUAGCUGAGAAGCCUUUAUUGGUGUUCUCUAUCUGGAUUGAAAUGGAGCUAAUACUCUUUCCAUUAAAUUAGAGCGUCAAGAAAACCCUGACAUAUGAAAUAAAUCUUGCAAUUGUGAUGGAAAGCAAAAAAUAAUUUCAAUGUGAAAUCAUUGUAUAAAAUCAGCAAAAUUAUACUAGAAUAAUAAAAAGCUAGGCACUAUCUAAACAUGAGGAAAUUAGAAAUUAAUUGAAAUGAACUUGAAUAAAGCUACAAAUUGAAUAAAACUUGAAGAAAGAGUGAAA